GUUCCUAGACGUCGGCUCUCGCUCUUUUCAACAACUGAUAUCGUGCUAAUAGGACACUGAAGCGCCACGCAACGUAGCGAGGUUCUCUGCCUGUCAUGUCUCGACCGAGUCUAAAAUCUAGGGACGGAUCAAUCUCUCGCGAUAACGAAGACAGAGCGUCCGGCAAUGCGCAAUCUGCAAGAAUCGAUGCGCAGCGUUUGCAACCCCCGUCUCUGGGACACCUUUUCGUCUUCGCGACGUGGCGUCACUGCGGAAUAUUGGCUGCAGGCCUGGUGGCAUCGUUGCUGAUGGGCGCUAUGAGGGCAGUUUCUGCCAUCCUCAUAGGCAGAAUAUUUGCUGUUGUUGCCGAAUUCGGAUCGGGGAAACUGGACGGGCCAGGCGCCUACGCUCAGGUUUCGUCCUGGUGCGUCAUCCUGAUGUUGGUUGGUGGAGCGGGAGUGAUUGUCAAUUUUGCCUUUAUGUUCAUCUGGUCCAUCUUCAGCGAGGUUCAAGCUCGGAACAUCCGUCGCAGAGUGUUUAACGCUUUGCUCACGAAGGAUAUGGCCUGGUUCGACCGCCAGGAAGACGGGAUCCCGAGCCUGCUCGUGAGAGUACAAACACAGAUAAGAGAGCUUCAAGUAGCAUCUUCGGCGACAUUAGGGUCUAUAGCAGCUGAGAUUGCCGCAGCGGUCGCAAAUCUCAUCGUCGCAUUUUACGGCUCGUGGAAACUCACGCUCGUACUCCUCGCUACGAUACCAGCUAUCGUCGUCGUACCUUCUUUACUAAGUGGUAAGCUGAAGCUGGCUAUCCUAGCGCAGAAGCGAGAGCUCGGUCGGGCAUCUAAGCACGCGAUAUCAGCCUUAACCGCGAUAGACCUCGUAAAAGCCUUCAACGCCGUCGACCACGAAGUCUGGCAGUAUCUGCAGGUGAUACAAAGGUCUAUGGAUACGUAUCUAACUCUCGCCAAGACGAGCGCGUGGCAAGUGGGUUAUAUAAGAUUAUGGCUAGACGGAAUAUUCGUUCUGGGGUUUUAUUACGGUGCUGUUCUAGUGAACCAGGGACUAAACCCAGGAAGCGUCGUGACGACAUUCUACGCGGCCCUAGGCGCGUUGCAGGCCAUCUACACCAUCGCGCCGACGUACGUCUCCUUAGCGAGGGGUAUGGCUGCCGGCCAGGCGCUGUACUCUAUAGCUCACAACAUCGAAGGCGGACGAAAGAUCUAUCAAAUGAUAGGUAGCUACCGCCCUAUAAAUUGCUCUGGCAAGAUCAAAGUUAACGACGUCAGCUUUGCGUACCCUUCAAAUCCAACCAAGGUCGUUCUAAACAGAUGCUGUUUCUUCUUCGAUCAAGACCGGCUAUGUUUUAUCGUGGGGAAGAGCGGCUCGGGAAAGAGCACGAUAGGCAAUUUGCUAGCGAAAUUCUACGAACCCCUCAGCGGAAACAUAUUGAUCGACGGCCACGCGCUGAAGACUUUAGAUUCCGAGUGGGUGCGGAGCAACGUCACACUUAUCCAACAGGCGAGCGUCCUUUUUAACGAUACCAUAUAUGCUAAUGUUGCAAUGGGCCACAGAAUACCUACGGAGGUGUCUAGGAAAGGAGUCGAGGCAGCAUGCAGAGCGGCCCUGCUCCAGUCAACCCUGAUCGAGCUACCCGACGGCCUAGAUACGUACGUAGGGACAGGGGGCACCAACCUGAGCGGCGGCCAGAAGCAGAGGCUAGCCGUAGCGAGGGCAAGAAUACGCGAUCCCCCAGUACUCAUCCUUGACGAAGUCACGAGCGGGCUUGACCCGACAAAUCGAGGCCUGCUUAUGGAUGGUAUUAGGCAGUGGCGACGAGGGAAAACAACUAUUAUAAUUACCCACGAAGUAGCACAGAUCAACGACGACGAUUACGUAUACGUCAUGGAGGACGCGCGCGUCGUACAGGCAGGUUUCCGUUGGGAUUUGCAGCGGCAGAGAGACGGCAUAUUUGCUGUAUUGGCGUCUUCGGCUUCAAACGACGACAUCAAUGCAGGCAAAGAAAUUUACGUGGAUGUGCCAGACAAGACAAAUGCCACAGCCAGCCUCACAUCGCCGAGGAGUGCCGUAUUACAAAAUCCUACUUCUCCAGACUACGUUUGGCCUUUCGGGGGGCCAGACGCCCUCUAUCGGCGGAGCGCUACGCCGAACGUAGGUGCAUCGGCCAUACAAGCCCGCCAAUUUCGAAAUGGGAACGAAAACAGGGAAUCUACUCGGCCGGGAGACUUGGAUGCUCUGGAUCCACUCCUAGAACCCCCUUAUUUCUUCCGCAGGAGGCUCUCGUCGCUGUGGUGGCCUGAUCAUUAUCGUAUAUUCCACAGCGAAUCCAACCAAAAGAGGCCACUGAGCAGAAAUAGCAUACUGCGCCUUCAAGAGCUGGGCGACACGGUGCGGAAAACCCGCAGCAAUCCUGCUGACAAGGACCGGCGGAGGGGACCUACGAUUACGCCUGCAGACACUCUAGAAAAUCGUGACAGUGAUAAGCCCGAGACACUAUCCUUGUGGGCUAUCUAUAAGACAGUAUGGCCACGCCUGACUAUGAGAGAAAGUAUAUUCCUCAUUAUAGGAUUCUUUACGUGCGUCGUGCUCGCGGGCCUGGUUCCGGCCUUUUCAGUCCUGUUUGCAAAUCUCCUGGCGGUCCUAUUUUCAAGCGGAGACAGAAUGGCUGCGGGACAGAAAUGGGCUCUGUGCCUCUUAGCAAUCGCCUGCACAAGAGCAGCAGCGACUUACUUUAAUCAGUAUCUAAUGCAGAGGGCGGGCCAGGCUUGGGUAAACGCCCUGCGCAUUCGAGCGCUGAACAGGGUGCUGCGACAGCCCAAAUCGUGGUUUGACGAACCGGCUAAUUCGGCCGUCCGCAUAAACGAGUGUAUGGAUCGAUACGCGGAGGAGAUGAGAAAUCUCGUCGGGCGUUUCGCUCCGCAGCUGCUACUCGUGACUAUCAUGGUCGUCAGCACUGUGGUAUGGGCGCUGCUCAUCUCGUGGCGGCUCACACUCGUAAGCAUUGCGAGCGCGCCAGCCUUCGUCGCUGCCACGCAAGGUUACUCCCUCGUGUCUCAAAAGUGGGAAAACAAAUGCCUCAGAGCCGCAGACGAUAUCAGCGCGAUCUUGACGGAAACUUUUAUUAACGUGCGCGUCGUUCGGGCGUUGGCGUUAGAGCAGUUCUUCUCGAAUAAGCACGAAGAAUCUAUUCGCAGAGCUUUCGAGCUGGGAACCGAAAAGUCCGUCUGGACCGCUAUCCCGUACGCCUGCUCACAGUCUAUGGUCUGGUUUAUCUUCGCACUUACAUUCUGGUACGCGAUCGAGCUGCUCACAACCGAUCGAGAGCUUACGAUCCCCGCCAUCCUACAGGUGGUGAACCUAUUAGUUCUGGGCGUCACCACUGCUUUUAGCAUACUGGGUUCUAUAACUGGCGUUUCCACAGCACAAGCAACAGCUUCUAGGCUAAUCCACUACGCAUACUUACCCCUGGAUGCCUCUCACGAGUCGAGAGGCAAGAUUCUACUCGUAAACCCCUUUCCCAUCAGGAUGGAGCGUCUGUCUUUCACGUACCCGUCGAGCAAGCGCACCGUACUUCGAAACCUCACCCUCCGCUUCGACGCCGGCACGUCUACCGCGGUAGUCGGUCCUUCUGGUUGCGGCAAGAGCACGAUCGCGUCGAUAAUCCUUGGCCUAUACGUACCGGACUGGUCGAAAGGCAGGCGGAACGACGGGGAUCAGCGGCAGCUAACCUUCGCGUCCACGCCGGCAGCUCAACUUGACCUCGCAGGCCUGCGGAGUCAUAUCGGUUACGUCCCCCAGACGCCGCUUCUCUUCCCUGGCACGCUCGCGGAAAACAUCGCUUACGGCCUGGCGGAAGACUCCCCGCUGCUUACGAGGGAGAAUAUCGAGAGGGCAGCCAAGGAGGCAGGCAUUCACAACUUCAUCCGCACUUCGACAGCCGGCUACGAUACGAUCGUCGGGGACGGCGGACAGUCGCUUAGCGGUGGACAGUCGCAGCGGGUUUGCAUAGCCAGGGCAUUGGCGCGGCGACCUAAGCUAUUAGUGCUCGACGAGCCUACGAGCGCGUUAGAUACGCUUAGCGCUAGGGACGUACGGCAUACGAUAGAGUCUCUCAUGCAGUCUACGAGAAAACAGACCGUCUAUGGAGGCGAGGGCGUUACCACUAGCAAGGGAGACCAGCUGUCAAUUAUCGUUGUUACGCACAGCAAGGAAAUGAUGCGUAUGGCGGAUCGUAUAAUUGUAAUCGAGCAAGGCAGCGCAGUAGAGUCUGGCUCUUACAACGAGCUGUUGGAGAAGAACGGCAAAUUCGCAGAGCUGAUGAGCGGCGGUCUCUGGGCGGGAGAUAACAGGGAAGAUAGUUCACAAGGACCGCAGGGAAUAAGGAGCAGCGCGCAGCUGGUUGCAGACGAUCUUCCACUACGCAGCAUAAGUCGGUCAGAUGACAACUGCUCUGCUACAACACCUAUAUGGACUGGUUUGCGAGACGUGCAGUGGGCAGACAAUCGAGGUCCAUCUACCGGCGUCUUGAGCCCUCUCACAAGCCCAUUCGGCGCGUCUCGAAGAAAGGAGCGCAGGAACGAUGGCGAUGUGGAUAUAUUGUAAUUAAAAAGUGAUGGCUGUACGACAUGAACAU